UUUUUCUUUUCUUUUUUGACUCUGGAACCUGGAACCCCUUCGAGCUUUGCUUGCAGCGCCUCCCUCACGAAUCCAACAAACAGCAAGCACUUUUUUCUCCUACUACUACUUGAGAUCCCGUCGUGCUCCUCCGAUGGAAGCUCCUCCGCCAGCCUGAGAUCUGCCCGAGGUCCUCUGUCCAUCUGCGGCAGUUAGUUUGAAGCCCCACAAUCCUCCUCUCUACUUCCGACAAGGACAGCAAUUUGAAGGUUAGGUGGGAACAACAAGAAGCAGAGAAGAGGAAGAAGAAGCAUCAGCAGCAGCAGCAAUGGCUCGUGCUGGAGGCGGGAUGGGGAGCGCGGUGAACGUAGGGAUCGCGGUGCAGGCGGACUGGGAGAACCGCGAGUUCAUCUCCAACAUCUCCCUCAACGUCCGCCGCCUCUUCGACUUCCUCCUCCGAUUCGAGGCUACGACGAAGAGCAAGCUGGCGUCUCUGAACGAGAAGCUGGACAGCCUAGAGCGGAAGCUGGAGGUGCUCGAGGUCCAAGUGAGUAGCGCGACUACCAAUCCUUCCGUUUUCAACUAGCUCCAAGCUGCAAGGCUGAGAGCACACACGGAAAAGAAAGGAGGGGGUUGCUUGCAGUUGCAGAGCUUAGCUUUCAAUGGAGUGCACUCUUUAAUUUGUGGUGUUUCUGUAUCUCUGUCUUUGUAUGUAACAGUGGCGCGCGUGUGUGUAAAGCAACUGACUGGUGUGCAAUUGAAAUCUCUAUUACUACCUUCUGUAAUUAAUUGAUACAGGAUGGUUGUUUGUGUCUGUCCACCAACAUCCGGCUGCAUGUUCAGAAUUUUUGGUCCC